AUGGGACCUAUUGUACUGAGGAACGACCACGAAACCAUGGAUGGCUCGCCAUGCACCAGAGAACCACGGUCGGUUGUUUUGAACCACAACGGAUUCGAAGAUGAUGAGAUUCACGAUUUCAUGGAAAUAGGUUCAGAAGACUCUGUAGAGGAUGUGGCCAAUACUGACACGAAAUCUCAAAUAGGGAAGGAGAUUGAAGAUGUGAUUCCUCAAGGAAUUAGUGAUGGAGAACAGACGGCUCUCCGGUCUUAUGCGUGCAGUGCUGAUACUGAGUCUCAGGUUAUUCCUGCGUUAAAAGAAGUCAGUGGCUCUUCUCCUAGUAUACUUUUAGCCAUUGAAGAGCUCUACGUUCGAGAAAACCUAAUGAAGCAAAUUGUGGUCACUUGUUGA